AUGGAAAGUGAUGCAAUCACCGAUGAGCAGAUAACUUUCUCGUCCCAAAAACACUGGAAUAACGCGAAAACUGUAAGGUUACAUCACACAAGGAGGACUUGGAUAGCUAAUGAUGAGGAUUCUAAUCCGUGGCUUCAGAUUGAUCUCAGAGCUCAAAACACUGAAGUAACACGAGUAGCAACACAGGGAUCCCAGAAAAAAUGGGUGAAGAAGUACAAGCUACAAUACAGCAACUAUGGAGUGAGAUUUCAAAACUACACGGAACAAGGACAAACCAUAUCAAAGGUAAAACUGGUCAGAGGCGGGGAAGGGUUCUAAAACAUGAGCUGCUCAUUGUAAACAAAACCAAUUUCAUUCCUCAACUCAAACUUCCCCGAAGUGUUCUUUUAGCAGUUUGUUAGGACAAACAGUCUUCUUUGCAAUCAGGGAUUCGUUUCUCGAUUUGUUACGAUUUAUGAGUCGACAGUUGUUAAAGAAGAUUGUUACAAUGUACGAAAUUUCAUACAUUUACCGUUUUCUUUGCAGGGUCACAAAUUUCAUCUUGAUCCAGUUUUUGAUCAGCCUCAGAUAGAUAUUUGUAGAUAAAGUUCGUUUUAAUUUUAUCGUACGGUGGAAUGGGAUGAAUUUAAUUAAUGAAAUCGCUCGUGAGAUAUUUCACGGUUUACCUAGCGAAAAACAUUGCAUAAUAUUGUAAGAGAAGAACUGAACGGUAUUUCUUACAUAGAGUAUGUAACGACCACGAGGUUUUUCGAGGUGUGUGUUUCAGUCGACGAAUACUAGAGCGACCAUCUACGUGUAGAGUUUAGUUAAAGUGUUGAGAACAGUCAAUUGUCGGCUGAGAGAUAUUUUCUUACGAUGUAAUUAUAUAGAUUUUUUUAAAAAAAUAACACGUAUGUCUACAAGGCGGGCACGUACAGCGCAUUUUAAAUAAAACACUCAACAUCUAUUUCACGUCUAUUAUGAUACAGGAAUUUGAAGGAAACACAGACAAUAACAAUGUUGUUUAUCACGAUCUGAACCCAUCAAUCACAGCAAGGUACAUACGUUUUCUACCAGUGGAGUGGGAAGAUGAGAUAUCAAUGAGAGUGGAACUGUAUGGAUGCGUGAAAGGUAAGGAAAAUGGCUUUCCUCUAAAACUGAUAAUCACUGUAUGCAUCACAGUUGAUCUAACCAUAGGAGCUCUUUAAGGUUCUUCAUUUCGUUGGAAGUUUCUGUGAUUGUGUUAACGACAUUUUUGAGCUUAAUGUAACCUACACUUUAUUAAUUGCCUCAUGAUCUUAUAGCUGCUUUUAAUUCACUGCCGUAGAUAAGUUAUAUUUGUAAAACGCCCGCUAACCUUUCGUAAACAGAAUGUGGAAGAUUUCUCGGCAUGCAAAGCGGUGAAAUCCCUGAUGGACAGUUAAGCGCCUCUUCAGAGAGAAAUUCUAAACACUCCGCCACUCAUAGCAGACUUCAUUUUGUAAAUCCUGACGGAGCGGGAUCUUGGGCAGCUGAAAAUAAUGAUACGGAUCAGUGGCUCCAAGUUGAUCUGGUUAUUCUGCACACUAUUGUGACACGUGUGGCAACGAAAGGAAGUAAUGGACACCAAGGGGAGUGGGUUACAAAGUACAAUCUGCAGUACGGCAACGAUACAGAAAGGUUAUACAAUUAUACAGCCCCAGGACAAAACACAACGGAGGUAAAAUUAAUUUCUUGUGUAUUGAUUCCUGUUUGAACAGGAAAAGAAGUAUUUUUGGAUCAUCAUUGGCAAGGAUUUUGCAAACGCUCCGCCAGUACACCUUUUGCUGUUCAUUACCAGAAAAUAUACUUUCAUUUAUGCCAAAAGUUAUAUCAAUAACGUAAAUAAGUUUUUCAUUAACUCUAGAAUACAUUUCAUCAGUGUGGAUCGAACUUUCAAUUAGGAUAUUUGAAUAUGUAUCGAUAUUCAAUAACGUUAACUGACAAACAAAUGCGCGCUUACAUUUUGAGCGGGAACUUUAUAGUCAUUUACAUCAAAAUAUAUAUAUGUUAUUUGCCGGCUAAGGGUCCGUCCGUAUGGUUAAAAACUGUGACCGAGGUCUUGAAAAUGCUGCCCGAGGUCACAGUAUUUCACCAUACGGACCGACCCUUAGCCGGUAAAUAACAUUUUUUUUUUUUAAAACUUAACGCAAUACACUCUGAAAGAACCCAAAUGAUUUAAGGCUAUAAAUACGGCAAGAUGUUCCAUAAACUGAACAAAUUUUGAGCAAGUAAAUGGAAUUUAAAGUAGUGGUGAUACAAAUUAGAGAGAGAUGCUUCACUGAAACAUUUUCACUUGCGUAAUGAUAAAGGUGAUUUAAAAGGCUUCCAAACAAAGUUUGAAACAUUAUUUUUACAAGUAUCUGUCACAAUCUGACACCCGUCAAUUAGAGAGCGCGUAAGAAAAAAAAGCGCAAGAAGAUUUGAAAAACAACGGAACUAGUUUGGCAAGGUCUGUCACGACAAUGUUUUCUUAAAAAACAGUCAAUGAUCUAACGGAAAG